AUGGUGAUGAAUGUGAGUCAAGAUGGUGGUGGUUUGGUUGCUAUUUAUGGCGGUAAUAUGGUGAUGAUUAUUGUCAGUUUGAUGAUGUCUGGUGGUGUUGUUGGUGUUGGUAUGGUGUUUUGUAGUGGAUAUAAAGGAGGAAUAAGGAUGGAAGUGGCUGAUGAUGGUGGUGGUCAACAAAAGUAUAAUCUCGAGAUUCUACAGCGGUUAGGUCUCUCUGACUGCAAACCAGCUUGUUCUCCAAUGAGUCCCUCUCAACUCUUGACCAUUGACGAUAGCCCAUCACUUUCUGAUCUGACCAUGUAUCGCCAAACGGUUGGUGCUUUGCAGUAUGAUACUUUAUCCUGUACAGAUAUUGCUUUUGCUGUGAAUCAAGUAUGUCGGUUUAUGCAUGCUCCAAUAGAAAACCAUUGGUCUGCUGUUAAGCGUAUAUUGAGUUAUUUGAAAGGAACAACCGAUCUUGGUCUUUUCAUUCGUCAUCAAUCUGGUACACAGUUACAGGCCUUCACAGAUGCUCUUUUGCGAGUAUCUACUUCCUCACCUGUUUAG